AUGCUGCUUACACUGGCACUCCCAAAAAGGGAGUUCUCUCUAUUAACGAGUUCUCUGGCACCUGAAAAGCGUCCUCCAGCAUCAACGUCGAGAAUAUUGAGGAAAAUAGGCGUGCUCUCCUUAAGCUCAUCUUCACCCCCUGGUGCCCCCAGUACCUCAGUGGAGUGA